AUGGCGCAAGGGCAGCAAGUUGCGGGUACCGCGGACGAUCGAGUCAGCCUUGGCGAUGACGCGUCGUCGCGCAUCCAGCUCUACUCGUUCGCCACUCCCAAUGGCAUGAAGGUGAGCAUCGCACUGGAGGAGAUGCAGCUACCCUAUGACGCGCACACGGUGAACAUAAUGAAGGGCGAGCAGUUCAACCCGGAAUUCAUUGCAAUCAACCCCAACAACAAGAUCCCUGCCAUCGUCAAUCCCAAGGGAGGCCCAGACGGCACCCCGUUGAAGAUAUUUGAGAGCGGGGCCAUCCUGCUGUAUCUGGCGGAGAGGUCGGGCAAGUUUCUGCCGCAGGAUGCCGUGCAGCGAUGGGAGACCAUUUCGUGGCUCUUCUUUCAAGUGGGCGGCGUCGGUCCCAUGUUCGGCCAGUUCGGCAUGUUCUACAAGUUCGCGGGCGACAAGUGCGACCAUCCGUACCCGCUGCAGCGCUACACGGAGGAGACGCGGCGGCUGCUGGGGGUGCUGGAGAAGCGGCUGGAGGGGAGGGAGUUCCUGGUGGAUGCGGGGUACACCAUUGCUGACAUGGCCACCUUCCCCUGGGUCAACUCGCUGCUGGUGCGUGCGUGGGGGUGGUAA